AUGGCGUCCGCCGAUAUCUUGUCUCAGACGCUUCACACCAUCACAAGCGUGAAGCUCAAGCAACUGGACAAGCAGAAGGCCUCGUACGAGUCGGGGAAGCGAGCGCUCCUGGACGAUGCGGCAUAUGAGACAGACCACCGCAAACGCGCAAAGCUUUUGGUCGACGGCUCCGAGAAGCUUCCCGCCAUGAACUCCCUGGACGACAGCUCGCUGGUCUCCGUCGACAACCUCCGGCGCUUCGUGCAGCAGGCCGACUACGACCCGUGUGUCUCGGACGACCUCCUCGACGGCUACGAGAAGGCGAUGCGGAACGAGCUCGAUGUUCAGUCCGCCAGGUACCGCUACGCUGAGCUGUACGGCAAGCUCGUGAACGAAUGGAUCACCGCCGGCAAGGCCGCCGACGAACCGCACGGCUUCGUGCCUGUCGGCAGGGAGGAGAUGCACCGGCAACGGGCGACCUGGGAGCAGUACGUGUUUCGGGCCAAGGAGACAGACAGCAAUGCCAUCAAGAGCUAUCUGGGCCAGCUCUUCAUCACAUCGACCAAGGACAUCCACCGCGCGUUCGCCGAGCUGAGGGGCCGCAUCGCCAAGUUCCAGGCAGGCUGGGAUAAGAGGACGCACUUUGACGAGACGUCCCUAAAGAACACGAUCCGGGGCCUGCUGCGGACCGACAUCCUCACGGACCAGAAGAGGACGACGCUCAACGACUUCCUCCGCAACGACGUCGUCCUGAGCGAGAUCGCCGACGUCCUCAACAUGCGCAUGCAGACCCGCCAAACGUGGGCCUGGGAUGGCGCCACCGUCGUGGAGCAGCGACGCCAGCUCAACGGCCGCUACCGCUUCUACCCGGACGAAGACCUCUUGCAGGCCAUCUUCGUCCACCACGUCGGCAAGCAGUGGGCGGUCGAGAUGCGCGACGUCCUCGUGUCUUUUGUCCAGGCCCCCGGUGUUGACAAGGACGCGACGAAGCGCAUCGGCAAGGAGGAGCUCCGCCGGAUGCGGUUUUUCACUGGGGAGACGAUGCCGGUCGAGAGCACCCAAUCGGUGGUGAACCAACUCUCCGCACACUACAGGAACGAGGUGUUUCUGGACCAGUUGCCCUCGUGCGUGGCGGAGAAGAGGGGGGGUUACGGCUCGGACGGCGAGCGAAAGGCGGACGACACUCGCAAUUCGCACGUGGCCGUGGUGCAGAACCUCCUGCACCUCGUGCAGUCCGAGAUUAUCCUGGCCAAGCGGCUGGGGUACGACAUCACCGUUAUCCGGUCGGACCUUAAGUGGUUCGGCCCCAGCGUGCCGCACUCGUCCAUCUUCGCGGUGCUCGGGUUCUUCGGCGUCGACGCGGAGUGGAUCGACCUGUUCCGACGGAUCCUCGAGUGCCCGAUGCGCUUCGCCCAGGACGCGCCGGACGCGCCGGCGCAUAUCCGGCGCAGGGGCACGCCCCUGAGCACGCCGCUUGCCGACUUCGUGGCCGAGACGAUGCUCUUCUGCAUGGACUUCGCCGUCAACCAGCGGGCCGACGGGUGCCGUCUCUACCGGCUGCACGACGACAUGUGGCUCUGGGGCGGCCUCGAGACGUGCGUGCGCGCGUGGGAGACGAUGACCGAGUUCGUGGAGCUCGCAGGUCUCGAGUUCAACGAGGACAAGACGGGUAGCGCCAGGAUCGUGGCAGGCGGCGGCGGCGGUGGCAGGCCAGGGGGGCGUGAGGCGAGCCAACAACAGCGUUUGCCGCUGCCACCACCGCCGCCCCUGGCCGAGGGCCUGCCCAAGGGGGACGUCGUGUGGGGGUUCCUCAAGCUCGACGCGGCGUCUGGGCGGUUCCUGCUGGACCAGGCCAAGAUUGACGUGCACAUUGAGGAGCUCCGGCUGCAGCUGGGGGCGUGCAGGAGCGUGUUCGACUGGAUCCAGGCGUGGAACAUCUACGGGGCGCGCUUCUUCCGGACCAACUGCGCGCGGGUGGCCAACUGCUUCUCGCGGGCGCACGUGGAUAGCAUGCUGGCAACGUUCCACCGCAUCCAGGCCAGGCUGUUUGGCGAGGGCGGGGCGGGCGCGCACCUGAAGCGGCUGAUCGGCGAGAAGUUCGGCAUCGUGGAUGUACCGGACGGCUACCUGUAUUUCCCCGUGUCGCUGGGCGGGCUGGGGCUCGAGAACCCGUUCGUGCACCUGUACCUGAUCCGCGACGGCGUCACGGCAGACCCAGACCGAAUCGUGGACGAGUUCCUCGCCGAGGAGGCGGCGCAGUACCGACUGCUGAAGGCAGCGUUCGAGAACGCCGAAGCCGACACGGCGACGACGACGACGACGACGACGAUGCAGCUCGCGCUCCACCACCCGUGGCGGGCGUACGACUACAACGACUUGCGGAACGAGCCGUUCAUGAGCUUCGACGAGUUCAGCCGGCACCGGCGGCGCACGUCGACAGCGCUGGGCCAGGCGCUCGAAAGGCUGCGGACGAUGCCCAAGGCCAGGACGGUCGGGCUGACGGGCGAGCUGGAGGCGGCGCUCAAGACGACGCCGGCGGGCUGGUACGGCCUCAGCGACUACGAGCGGUGGGUGUGCGCGCUCUACGGCAGGGACAUGAUUGCGCGGUUCGGCAGUCUGACGGUGGUCGACAAGGGCGUGCUGCCGACGGGCCUACUGGACAUGUUGAGGCAGAGCCGGUUCAAGUGGCGCGGCUGA